UGAGGACACGCACACAGAAUCCAUCCGUGUAUAAAGAGCUAAACGGCUUCAGGGUGAUGGGCGGACCGGUCGGGAAGCUCCGCCCGUCCGCCGUGCGUCUCCUCAGCCCUCACUCAAAACAGAGGACAGCUGUUGCGAGGCGCAUCGUCGUGUCCUGAGCCUCGAGCCUUGUUCGCACCGUCUUCUCCUCUCAUGCGCCCGCUGGAAUAUCAGCAGAAGACAGAGGAACACUGCGCACUCCGAGAGCAGGAGCCAGUCUCACAGAAAGAAAGGACUUGAUAGACAAAGACGGCGAUACAGAACAACGGGCUAGCCUCACUCCCAGCACUAUGCUCAUCUGACACACGACUGAGGGCCAGGGGUGGACUUUGCUGCAUUUGAGGAUGAUGAAUGGUCUCCUGCACUAGAGCUAGAUGGUGUGGGAAUGAUGGACCUCCCUAAUGGCCAGUCAAGCAUCACCAACCACGCUGUCUCUGAGAGGAGCAGCAGCUCAGAAUCUCUCAGUGAUAAAGGUUCUUCAGAGCUGAAGAAGAGUUUUGAUGCUGUUGUGUUCGAUGUGUUGAAGGUGACUCCUGAAGAAUAUGCAGGCCAGAUUACCCUCAUGGAUGCUCCUGUGUUCAAGGCCAUCCAGCCAGAGGAGCUGUCAAGCUGUGGCUGGAACAAGAAGGAGAAACACAGCUCUGCUCCAAAUGCCGUGGCCUUCACUCGCAGGUUCAACCAGACAAGUUUUUGGGUGGUAAGAGAGAUCCUCCAUGCGCAGACGCUGAAGAUCAGAGCAGAGGUGUUGAGUCUUUACAUUCGCACUGCCAAGAAACUGUGUGACAUUAACAACCUUCAUGCGGUCAUGGCUGUGGUGUCGGGGUUACAAAGUGCUCCCAUCUUCAGGCUUACCAAAACAUGGGCGUUACUGAGUCGUAAGGACAAGGCAACGUUUGAUCGACUCGACUACCUGAUGUCCAAAGAAGACAACUACAAACGUCUGAGAGACUACAUAAGCAGCCAGAGCAUGGUCUCAUGUAUACCAUACCUAGGGAUGUACCUGUCUGAUCUGACCUACAUAGACUCGGCCUACCCUUCCACAGGCAGCAUACUAGAGAACGAACAGAGAUCCAACCUGAUGAAUAACCUUCUCAGAAUCAUAUCGGACCUGCAGAGAUCCUGUACUUAUGAUAUACCGGUGUUGCCUCAUGUACAGAAGUAUCUCAACUCAGUCAGGUAUAUCGAGGAGCUGCAGAAGUUUGUGGAAGAUGACAAUUACAAGUUGUCUCAGAAGAUUGAGCCAGGAACCAGCACACCUCGAGCAAAUGCCUCAAAAGAGGAUCUUGUCGGCCAGGAAGCGUCAGCGUCUCCUCUCUGCGGCCGUAAAUGUACAGUAGCAAGUGAAGGACCCAAAGUCCCAGCCACUCCGCCCUCCCCCAGGAACCUCCUGCCCUAUGGACACAGGAAGUGCCACAGCCUGGGCUACAAUUUUAUUCAUAAAAUGAAUACAGUAGAGUUUAAAAGUGCUACGUUCCCCAAUGCUGGCUCUCGCCAUCUGUUGGACGACAGUGUGAUGGAGAGCCACAGUCCCACCAGAGGACAAGCAGAGAGCUCAACUUUGUCCAGCGGUAUUUCACUUGGGAGCAGCGAGGGCUCGGAGCUCAGUGAAGAGGUGUCUUGGCCAGCUUUUGAGAGGAAUCGGUUCUAUCACUCUCUGGGCCCAGUGACCCGAGUGGCCCGCAUCCCCUACAGAGGAGUCCUGAGGCCCAGCAGCUCUGCGGAAUCGGAGGAGCUGGCAGUUCACUUGUAUCCUGGAGCAGUCACAGUGCAGGGGGUGUUGAGACGAAAGACUGUGCUCAAGGAGGGCAAGAAACCAACAGUGGCAUCUUGGACCAAAUACUGGGUUGCUCUUUGUGGAACGCAGCUCUACUAUUACCCUGCCAAGUCCCUGAAGGCCACUGAGAGAAAACAUUUCAAGUCAACGUCCAGUAAGAGUGGUUGUGUGGUGGGUUUAAUGGCCAUGUUGGCUGAAGAUCCUGAGCAUCCUGAUGUCUUCUUGCUGACAGACUCAGAGCACGGUAACACCUACAAGUACCAAGCGGGGAACAAAGCGAACGCUUUCCUCUGGAUCAAACAUCUGAGUGCUGCCUGUCAGAGCAAUAGGCAACAGGUGCCAGCCAAUCUGAUGUCGUUUGAGUGACGGAUCCUAGGAAGUGUGAAUGAGUGAAGGAGACAAGGAUGAGGAAACAGACGAGGAGGAGGAUGAGGAGGAGUUUUGACUCAGUAGUGGGAGCUUUCACUGCCAUGAGCCCUGCCCGCUGAUUCUCCGAUUCUCACCCUGGCCUCACUGCAGCCUCACCUGCCACCACUGCCUUAACUAGAGUACUCCGUGUGUGUGUGCGUGUGUGUGUGUCUGUCUGUCUCUGUUUGUCUGUCUGUCUGUGUGUGUGUGUGUGUGUGUCUGUCUAUCUGUCUGUGUGUCUCUGUGCUAGUGUGUGUGUAUAUAUCUGAGUGUGUGUGUGUGUAUAUCUGAGUGUGUGUGGGUGGGAAUGGAAUGGACUGAUGUGGACGUCUUGACUACUGAACAAGGACCUAGACCACUGCUCUCGUCUCCCAUUUGCUCUUUUGUUUUUACUGCGAGUGUUCAGCACUUCAGUGGAGCCAUUCAACUUCUCCUUUGUCACAGACGGACUGUCCUCGGAUGGACAGAAAUAAUCCUCUCCUUUGGUUUUCUUAAGGGGUAAUCUUUUUUUGUGUGACCUGUCAUGCUCUAAAGCAAGAUUCUCGCCUUUUUAUUCAGCUGGACACAAAAUCAUAACGUGCACACUCACGUCAGACUUAUUCAUUGGACUUUGAAGGGAUUGGAGAUACACUUUUUAUUUUACUUAUUAGAUCCUCACUUUCAGUUUUCUCUCAAUUCACUGGAUUCACAGGAUUAUUUACACACAUACACAGGCCUGUUUGAUUGCAUAGGGCUCUGAUUUGCAAUCGAUUCCAGCAGAAAUGAUUCCCACAAUUCCUGAAUGUUUCUUCUUUUUAUUACAGUAUGUCGCCCCUCCUCUUUUGUCAUAUACUCGCUUAGUGUUCUGUGUGUAUGUGUGUGUGUCUAUAUAACUGCAUUGGGUAAGGAGGGGAGGGAAAAUGUUUGCUUACAUUACGGGAAUCUUGUCUUGAGUUCCACAAUAGUACAAUAAUCCCAGAAUCUAAGCUAAGACGUGUUCACACCCGAGAGUUCCUGCUUUUGCAAACCUGCAAUUCUUCUUUCUCCAGCAGCGUCAUCAGCUCAACGAGGUGAUGCUUGGUUUCACCAGACUCACUCACACUAAACACUAAAGACUUGAAACUGUGAAAGAGUCCAAGAGAAAGCAGCAAGAACCUGAUUUUAUGUCCUCUUCUUCUUCUUGCUGAUCUGGAGCAGACAUUCAAAGCUACCUGGAGCCAUACAAGUCGAUUUUAAAUCUUGUUUGUUGAUAUUGUUUUGUUUUAUUAGUUUCUUUUCCUGUUUUUUGGGGGGAGGGCUUGUGCAGUUCACAGUAUUACUAUGUAGUAGAAUGAUUGCACAUUUAUGUAGAUUUUUUUUGUCUGUUACAUAUGAAUGUUACAUUUUUUUGUGUGUUAUUCUCCUUUUAUGGAGCAGUUAUUUUGAAUAUUUUAUGUACAUGUGAAUUUUUUUUUUCUACUUUUUGCCCUUUAUUCUAUAAACCAGGACCCUGCUUAGUUAAUGUCCCACCCCUCUGAUUUGGAAAUAGCAUAAGCACCUUGGUUUUAAUUAGUGCCAAGUGAUGAUCACUGUUUUAUUUCACGUUGACGAAAUGUUAGGAAGCGUAGAGCUGAGGUGGAAUCAGGUGAUGGUGCCGACGGUGGGGGAAAACCUUUUUUAGGAUUUAGUUUCCACCAGAUGUUUUUCUUUUUCACAGAUGUUUUAACGUACAACAGAGAGACUGUUACUGUUUGUUUUUGAGCAAACAUGAUCAGAACAGUGGUGGUGACAAUAAUGAAGUGCUUAUCACCUAGGGGUGCCCAACAGAUUCUAAUCUCCUUCCUGAAACCGUUGUUUACAUUGUAUGUUUACUCAAUCCUCAGCCCAACAUCACAGUCUGCACACUGCUCCACAUGUACCUUAUCGAAUUUAGUGAAGAAGAAAAAAAUAUUGCGUAGAAACAAAUGUCCCAUCAAUAGGUUAGAUUAAGCUCAGAGGUUCAGCUUUGGGCUCACAGCACAGGAUCUAGUUAAAUGUGUCAAAUCUGAUGCAGCAACACAACAUAGAGUCAUGAGACAAACAUUACAAAGUGAGACAGUGACUAUUAGGUCCCCAUCAGAAGACAUUCAGCCCUUUGUAUAUGAGCUAAAGAGACGGCAGUUGAUGAACCUGUGGAGGAAUGAAUGAGGAAGCCAAUUUCAGGCUUAUGUAAAGCAGCAGUUAUUCUAAGUAUGUGUGGAUUUGUGUGCCUGUGCAUACUUGUCUAUUUUUUUAAAGAAAAACAUUGUAAUUGGAGCCAGAUAGGCAAAUCCCUUCAGGCUGCUGUCACUGCUGAGCAGUGGGGGUAACCACCUAAUCAUCUGUGCGACUGACUUUCUGCCAGCUCACGCCACAACUUGUGUCGCAUGGGAUGUGUGAAGAGAUGACGACUCGGGAGCUGAUGGGAAAUGGAAACUGUGCUCGUCUGUGGCAGGAGCUGCAGAACAGAGCAGAGAGCGUUUGAAACGACACAAUCCCAGAGCUGAAGCACUAUGGAGGCUGAUGGUUGCUGGUGUUUUUAUACCACUAGUGGGCAGAGGGGACUGUGAGAGGGCUGUGAAUGAAUUAAGUGAAAUGGGUGCAACAGAGCUUUUUGGUGCAGGUUGAGAAACUUUAUCUUCCGAUGCUGGUUGGUCUUUACUGACAUUCAGACGAGCUUAACCUGCUGUGAUUUGGAAAAAAAUUGACAAGUUGGUGCAGUUGAGCAAGAAUCGAUGCUGAAAAAAGGACUGUGGCCGGAAGUGGCUGAGAUAUAAAAAACGAACCCGUGAUGGCGGAUGGAUAUUUCCUUUCUUUCUGUUUGCUUUAUCUGACUUUAACUCAGAACAAUGAGAGAAAAAGAAAGGACAAGAGAUUGAGCUGUUGAGUUGUAUAUCCCAACAGACCAGAGAGGUGCUUUUGCAUCUAGGAUGGUUUAUUUGAAUUAAUUUGGGUUUAACAAUUGUUCUUUUGAGAAAUUCCCAGAUCAUGUAGAGCGCUUUUUGAGCUUUUCCUCACUGUAACUUGAGUUUACAUGAAUUACUUUUUUUAAUAUAAUUUCUGUACAAUGCAUGGUCAGAACAAUGGAAACAUGUUUCAUAUUUGUUUUGUGGUUUAAGGCGAACCAAUCUUUGGAUUUCAAGGCCAAUCACUACCAACAUGGUAACCCCACAAUCAUCUAUUUUUGGAUGAGAGUGGAAAAUUCAAAUGUCAGCCGCUCAUGUAAGAUAAUUUUUGGUUGUUAUGAAGAAACUUGAUGUCAUCCUUGAAAAUUCUCUUUGCUCACAUUGUUUGCUUUCAUUUGACUGUUCUGUCUACAAAUGCACAAUCUGCCCUGUAUUAACUGUUUUGAGUGAAUCUUACCUUCUGAAUUUGUCCUUUUUAACAGUCACAGAAAGUGUUUAAUAUCUGAGAAGAAGGGUUUGACCAGAGGGAGGUUUUUUGACUAUGGUUGCGUGAUGUGUUUAUUCUUUGGUGGAGAAAUGGAACCAUUGUGAAUCUGUGCCUCCUGUGCACUGGCCAGGCACCUGUUCACCGUUUACCAAGGACGUUGACAACAAAUUUCCUUCAACACAUCGAAGGUGAUGUAUAAAUUACCUUUGACCUUUA